AUGUUUGAUGGAAACACAAACCUCGUCAAGCUAUCCAUGAGCAAGAACAGAAUAUCGCACAUUGCUAAUGGCACUUUCCCAGAUUUGAGACGAGUCACAACUUUGAGGCUCGACCACAACCACAUCAAGGGCAUGGAGCUCCAGGCCUUGCGUGGUCUGCCGGCACUGGAGGAACUUGAUCUGAGCUACAACCUUCUGGACCACGUCCAUGCCGCGUGGUUCGACCCAUUGCCGAGGUUGCAAACUCUGCGGUUGGAACAUAAUAAGGUGGCGACGUUCGGGACGCCCCUGGUGAAACUGGCGGUGCGCCGCGCGCUGGCGGUGUCGCUGGCCGGCAACCCCGUGCGCUGCGAGUGCGGGCCCGUGCACGACGCGUGGCAGAGUGCGCACGCGGCACGCCUUACCCUCGACGUGACCUGCGCGCACGGGCAGCCCUGGAGUCAGGCACUGGCGACCUUGGAAUGCGGGGCGGAGGCGGCGGAGGCGGAGGCGGCUGCGGAGGCGGAGGUGGCGGCGGAGGCGGCGGCGGCGGCGGUGGCGGCGGCGGUGGUUGCUCGAUCCGCCCCGGAACCGGGCCACGCCCCUAUUCUCGCCGCCUCCGUCGUCUAC